AUGUUUUCAGAUUACCACGGAUCGACGUCAGGAAGUCCAUCUUCAUCACUGUCCAGUCCUGACAUGAAGGACAAUUUGGGUGUUGACCUUUCGUUCAUGCCGUUUGGCAACACUGUUCAUCCGUUUCUUCACAGUCCUACCAGCAGUAAUGGAAGCCCGUUCGGGCAAAUGCUGUCAUCUGGUAGUAUAACUCAGCAGCACAGUCCACUGCCACCAGUCAGUCACUUCUCGCACCAGAUGACUCCUCAUCCGCAGGCAUGUCGUGAUCAACGCAACCAACACCAGCAAACUCAUCAGCCAGGUUUCUCCUCUUCGAUUCAUCACGGGCAGCCUCCCAUGACACCUUUUAACGGUGUGGGACCACAAGAAACCAUAACAUUUUUUGAUGAUCGCCGUGAAUUCGUCGUUUCAGCUCUCGAUGAUCGCACUCCAUCACCACCAACCUCCGAGCGUAGCUCUCCUGCUGGAGGAAUGUUGAUGACCAAUGUAGUUUAUGGCACUUGCAACCCACCCCAUUUUGCUGGCAGUAAUGGUAUGAUCAAUAGUCUGUCGGCAGCGCAGCAACAGCUGAAAUCACGAAGUAAGAUGCACGAGAUGGCAGUGCGUCAACGGCUCAUAACUGACCAGGAUCCUCGCAGCCAAGGACUAGUUCAGUUGUCCGCGGAGGAGAGAAGAACUCUAAUUCAGGAGGGCUAUCCGGUCCCCACUCGACUUCCUCUCUCGAAAGCGGAAGAAGAAUCGCUGAAAAUUGUGCGCCGAAAAAUCAAGAACAAGCUGUCUGCUCAAGAAUCUCGCCGCAAACGUAAGGAAUAUAUGGACACUUUGGAGUCUCGUUGUCAGGCAUAUUUCAAUGAAAACAGUCAGCUGAAGAGUGAAUCGCGUGCGGGUGCUCGAAGCGAACAACCAAAAGUUGUCGAGCCAGGUGAAGAAACUUCAAGAGAUAGUGGGAAAUGGAGGUCCACAUUCGGAUCUUCCCGUAGCACACUAGAGAAAGUUCGCGUUUGCCAGAAUCUUUUAUCAUCAUUACUCUCAAUAUUUCUUCGAGGGAUGGCUGAACAUGCAGUCGGUCUGGCGCCGUUUGUCCACUUCCUUGUGGAUUUUCAGCCGUCUACCUGCUGCCUCGCCCAACUGUGUGCUUCGGUCGUUUCUCUGACCUAG